AUGACUUCCAAAGAAGAAGGAAAAGCGUCGUCUGGGGAGGAGCGGCGCCGUAGCCCCCUGGACCACCUGCCCCCUCCAGCCAACUCCAAUAAGCCACUCACUCCUUUCAGCAUCGAGGACAUUCUCAAUAAGCCGUCGGUGCGGAGAAGUUACUCGCUGUGCGGAGCGGCGCACCUGCUCUCCGCAGCCGACAAGCACUCCCCAGGCAGCCUGCCCCUGGCGGGCCGGGCCCUACUCUCGCAGACUUCACCUCUCUGUGCGUUGGAGGAACUAGCCAGCAAGACCUUUAAGGGCCUGGAGGUCAGCGUCCUGCAGGCAGCCGAAGGCCGCGACGGGAUGACCAUCUUCGGGCAGCGGCAGACGCCUAAAAAGCGGCGGAAGUCGCGCACUGCCUUCACCAACCACCAGAUCUAUGAACUGGAGAAGCGCUUUCUUUACCAGAAGUAUCUGUCCCCGGCCGACCGCGACCAGAUCGCUCAGCAGCUGGGCCUCACCAACGCGCAGGUCAUCACCUGGUUCCAGAACCGCCGCGCCAAGCUCAAGCGGGACCUGGAGGAGAUGAAGGCCGACGUGGAGUCCGCCAAGAAACUGGGGCCCAGCUCGCAGGUGGACAUCGUGGCUCUGGCCGAGCUAGAGCAGAACUCGGAGGCUGGAGGAGGGCGGCCCAAGUCUCGGCCCAACUCACCUGUCCUGCCGGCUGGCCCCCCUCAGGCCCCUGGGGCGGGCCACCUUCAGCUUUCCCCUGCCUCUCCCCUCACGGACCAGCCGGCCAGUAGCCAGGACUGCUCGGAGGACGAAGAAGACGUAGAGAUCGACGUGGACGACUGA